UAUGUCCGCCGGAAGGAAAGGGGAAACUUUGGAGGUAGAAAAGGUUUCUGGCUUUCACGAUGGAUCUUUUGCUUCUUUCUUGACCAGGGAAAUGAGGAUUCUGUCAAGCCACUUCUUGGGUGCAGUAAGGAAGCCAAUGAUAUAGGAAGAAGAAAUCCUCUCAAGGUGACAAUCUUGUCGAGUUCUUGACCUCCCUUGCAGACAAGAAAGAAAAAAGGAAGAGUCAAGUAUCUGUAUUGCCAUUAAACACCCAUAUCACUGUUGACAUGAAGGAGGAAGCAUCUAAAUCCCUGGAGUGUGGAGAGAGUUUGACUCAGAAGGGUCAUCUGCAGCAAGACAAAAGGACUCAGACUGGAGAGAAACCCUACGAAUGCUGGGAGUGUGGGAAGAGCUUCACUCGGAGUUUGGGUCUACGUUUACAUCAAAGGACUCACACUGGGGAGAAGCCCUAUACGUGCCUGGAGUGUGGGCAGAGUUUCACUCAGAGUUCACACCUACGUUCACAUCAAAGGAUUCACACUCGGGAGAAACCCUAUCAAUGCCUGGAGUGUGGGAAGAGCUUCACUCAGAGUUUGGGUCUGCGUUUACAUCAAAGGACUCACACUGGGGAGAAACCCUAUAAAUGCCCGGAGUGUGGGAAGAGCUUCACUCAGAGUUCAGCUCUACGUGUGCAUGAAAGGAUUCACACUGGGGAGAAACCCUAUAUAUGCCUGGAGUGCGGACGUAGCUUCAGUUACAAGGGAAAUCUAGGUUCACAUCAAAGGACUCACACUGGGGGAAAACCGUAUACAUGUCUGGAGUGCGGAAUGAAUUUCACUCAUAGUUCAGGUCUACGUUCACAUCAAAGGACUCACAGUAGGAAGAAGCCCUAUACAUGCCAAGAAUGUGGAAAGAGCUUCACUCAGAGUUCAAGUCUACGUUCACAUGAAAGGACUCACACUGGGGAGAAACCCUAUAAAUGCCCGGAGUGUGGGAAGAGCUUCACUCAGUGUUCAGGUUUACGUUCCCAUCAAAGGGUUCACACUGGGGAGAAACCCUAUAAAUGCCUGGAGUGUGGACGCAGCUUCAGUUUCAAGGGAAUUCUACAUUCACAUCAAAGGACUCACACUGGGGGGAAACCCUAUACAUGUCUGGAGUGCGGAAUGAAUUUCUCUCAGAGUACACACCUACGUUCACAUCAAAGGACUCACAGUGGGAAGAAGCCCUAUUCAUGCCAAGAAUGUGGAAAGAGCUUCACUCAGAGUUCAGCUCUACGUUCACAUGAAAGGAUUCACACUGGGGAGAAACCCUAUACAUGCCUGGAGUGUGGAAAGAGCUUCGCUCAGAGUGGAAAUCUACGUAAACAUCAAAGAAGUCACACUGGAGAGAAACCCUAUAAAUGCCUGGAGUUUGGAAAGAGCUUCAUUGAUAGUUCCAAUCUAUACUCUCAUCAUAGAAUGCACACAGGGGAGAAAUAUGGAUGCCUGGAGUGUGGAAAGAGCUACAUUCGGAAUAGAGAUCUUCGUAGACAUCAGUGGAGUCACACUGGGGAGAGUCCCUAUACAUGCCUGGAGUGUGGAAGUAGCUUCAGUCAGCGUUCCUAUCUAGAUUCACACAAAAGAACUCACUCUGGGUAG